UUCUAUCAACUUUUUAUUUUUGUACAUUAUUUUCUUUUCUUGUAUAAAUGGGGACAAAAUCAUCCACUGGAAAGUGUAACAUUCCAUGAGAAAUUUCUAGGAACAUGAGAAAACUGAAAAGAUGUAGGAAAUUAACACCAAGAAAUUUCUAGGAACCGAAAGUAGAAAAAACUGAAUUGCAAUCCUAAAUUACACCACAUGAAUGGUUGAUAUAUUUAUGACUAGUCGAUCAGUAGUGAGUGCUCACCCAUGGCUUCUUUCAUAUGAAUUCCCACACUGCCACUGAAUAUUACUCAGCAAUUUAGCUUCAGUUUUUUGAAAUUUAGAUGGCUUCCAGUAACAGUACCAUCCAAAAGCAAAUCAAAAGCAGUAGCAGUAGCGGCAGCAGAAGCGUUGUGGGGUUGAGAAAGAAAUAUGAUUACGACGUGUUUGUCAGUUUCAGAGGCCCAGACACGCGUAACAGUUUCAUUGAUUAUCUUUAUGCUUCCUUCAAAAGAAAAGGCAUUGUUCCAUUCAAGGAUAAUAAAAAUCUCACCAAAGGUGAAUUCAUACCAUCCGAGCUCUGUAGUGCAAUUGAAGGUUCUCAGAUUUUCAUUGUGGUGUUCUCCAAGAACUAUGCUUUCUCAACAUGGUGUUUGCGAGAAUUGGAUCAGAUUCUUUACCAUGUUCUAGUAUAUGGAAAACGUGUUCUUACUGUUUUCUAUGAUGUUGGUCCAUCCGAGGUUAGACACCAAAAAGGAAGUUAUGCUAAAGCUUUUCAAAAACAUAACAAAAGUUUCAAACAGGACUUAGAGAUGGUCAGAAGAUGGAAGUCAGCUCUGACUCAACUGGCCAAUAUCGCCGGCUGGGAUUUACGUCACAAGGCAAAGCAUGCAGAAAUUGAAAAGAUUACUCAAGAGAUAAGGAUUUCGUUAGGUGACAAAUUUUCAGGUCUUCCAAAAGAUUUAGUGGGAAUUGCUUCUCCUCUAGAAGAAUUAAAAGAACGUUUACUUUUGAAGUUGGCUAAUGAAGUUCGGGUAGUAGGAAUUUGCGGGUUAAGAGGAGUAGGGAAAUCAACUCUUGCUAAUGUUUUAUAUGAAAAUAUAUCUCAUGAAUUCGAAGCAUGUUGCGUUAUUGAUGAUGUUAGCAAAAUGUAUAAAAGCAAUGGUCCAAUUGGGGUACAAAAGCAAAUUCUACGUCAAACUCUAAAUGAAGAACACCUUCAGGUACUGAAUCCUUAUGAGGCAACUAAGUUGAUAAGAAGCAUGAUGCGUCAUUUAAAGACCCUUGUAAUUCUUGAUAACGUUGAUCAAAUUGAAAAAGUAGAGAAACUAGGCGUGAACCGUGAAUGUUUUGGUGCAGGGAGUAGAAUAAUUAUAAUAUCUAGAAAUGAGCAUGUCUUGAAUGAGUAUGAAGUGGAUGGAGUUUACAGAGUUCCACUAUUGAAUUGGGCAAACUCUCUUCAAUUAUUAUUCUACCAAAAAGCUUUGAAAUGUGAUGAUAUUACUAGUCAUUAUGAACGGUUGGCACGUAAGAUGUUACAGUUUACACAUGGUCUACCUUUGGCAAUAAAAGUAUUGGGUUCAUUUUUAUCUACCUUACAUAUAUCUGAAUGGAGAAAUGCAUUGGAUAGAUUGAACCAAAGACCAAACAAAAAUAUUAUAGAUAGGGUGCAAUCAAAGUACCAAUAUUACAAUGGGGAGAUUCAACCUAGGAGUGCUCAUCAUCGUUAUGUGGAGCAAAGGUACAUAGAGGAAUAUCCUCUGCACAUGUACCCCUCUGACCGUGGGUUCAACCCUUCUUUUCUUAUGUUUAAUGACGAGAAUACGGCUUCUUGUUCUAUCAUGUGAUCAUUAGGAAAACUAUACAUUUACCAUUUUUAUUUUGUUUACAAGCUGGAUUUUUAUUUAGGUGUACAUACCGACAGACAAAUAUUGUAACUUUAAACUAAAUUAUUUAGAUCUCGUAUAUUUAGUGGGGUACUUAGUUCAAUCAAUUAAUGUUAUAAGAGUCAUGCGUGUAGUAUUAGUCAGAGAAUAUGAUUGAAAAGAAUUAAUUACUAUUAUAUUGAAUAUUGAUUGGAUCAUUUA